AUGGAGUCCAUUAAGGAAUCACUAUCUGCACUCACUGAUAUGUUCAAUGCGAGGAUGAACGAUUUCCAGCAAGACUUAAAUAAGACCUCAUCACCUGACACAAAUCAUUCUUUACCAGUGGAAUUCAGUACCUUUAGAAGUUUUAUUCUCUCUGCGCUGAAUACCUUACAACGCCAGGUUGAAUGUCUAGCAUUAGAAAUUGACCGGCAAGAAAUGCGAAGGCGGCAUAAAAUGAUAUUAUUUCAUGGAGUGCCGGAACAGAAGGUCGAGGACACAACAGCAAAGAUUACUGGUUUAGUCGCUGAACACCUGGACUUGUCAAAUUUUUCUUCUGCAAGUAUUAAGCAGACCUACCGCUUGGGUCGUUCCUCUGAUAAACCUAGACCGAUUGUCGUAAAGUUUUCCGAUACUGCAGUGCGUAAUAAGGUAUGGUUUAGCAAAACCAAACUUAAAGGGACAGGCAUCACACAGUCCGAGUUCCUUACAAAGAGCAGACAUAACACCUUCUUGGAGGCUCGGCAACGCUUUGGUAUUGGCAAGUGCUGGACACGCAAUGGGUAUAUCCAUAUAAUUGCUUCUGAUGGUUCUCGGCAUCGUGCAGAAUGCAAACUGGAUCUCAACUCAAUUUCUUCCAAUCAGACUAAAUCUCCGACGCAAAUUCCAGUUGCAAGUAAGAAUACGGAUAAAGUGAUAGUUUCACGCGUUAAACGUGUAGUAAAAAAA